AAUGAAGCCGGCAAAGUACCACUACACCCUUGGGAAUGGCCAACCACACCUUGGCAGAGAAUCCAUUUAGAUUUUGCUGGGCCGUUCCUAGGACGAAUGUUUCUUAUCAUUGUAGAUGCACACUCGAAGUGGCCUGAAGUGGAAAUAAUGCCAUCCACCACAUCGACGCAGACCAUUGACCGACUCCGAACUAUUUUUGCCCGACAUGGAGUGCCAGCACAGGUGGUGACCGACAAUGGGCCACAAUUUACAUCCGCAGAGUUCCAACUAUUUUUGAAGACUAAUGGUAUCAAGCAUAUUACCACGGCCCCAUUCUACCCUGCAACCAACGGUCAAGCGGAACGUUUUGUUCAGAGUUUCAAACAUGCUAUGAAAUGCGAGAAACAAAGUGCUUCCCAGCUGAAAACUAAUAUGGCAAAGUUCCUUUUGGCUUACCGGAAUACCCCGCAUUCGACGACUGGAGAAUCACUGUCCGUGUUGUUUUUGGGCAGACCGCUACGGACUCGCCUCGAUUUGGUGAAACCUGAUUUACAAAGGAAAGUGAUGAAUAGGCAAAUCGAUCAAGCGGGGAGGAAAGGACAUUCCCCCACACGUCAGUUAUCCAUUGGUCAGACUGUCAUGGCACGCAACUACAGUGGGAAAGACAAGUGGCUACCAAGCAUAGUUCGAGCUCAAACGGGACCCCUUUCGUACGAGAUAAAAGUUGGUCCAAAUCGAAUUUGGCGACGUCACAUCGACCAGCUUCGAGCCUCGAGUGUGAAAGUAAAUGACCAGAGUGAUGAUACGGCUGAACCUCAUCCAGAGCUCGGAGAGACUGGCCAGAAUAUUGCACCAGCAGAAGAAAUUGUCGCAGAGCCGGAUAUCGAACUAGCCAUGAAUCCAUCAGUAGUGCAACAAGUAGCCGGUAGGGCUACAAUAGGAACACAACAAGUAGCCGGUAGGGCUACAAUAGGAUCUGAACAACGCUACCCAACUAGAUCACACCAACCACCCGAGAGGUGGGGUCUUAACUGUUUGAUCCGAAAACUGUUUAAGAAAACUACAUAG